AUGUCGGCAACACAAAUGGCUGGAAAACGCAAGGCCCGGAAAUACCAAGGACACGGUGAAUCGUCACGCGAGAGCUGCCGAGGCUCGCUGCCCGUUCGCAGUAGGCCCGUCCGAGCCGCCUGCUCAUCGAGUUCAGGCACACGUCGUUCUGCAGAGAGAAUGUGGGAAAAUUAUAAGAAUGUCGAGAAUAUCUUGUAUGUGAACAUUGCCGUGAUUGGCGUUCCCGUGAAUGUCGUUGCGAUUGCGAUCCUAUCCCAGGGAAAAUGCGGCCUCUCAAACUGCACCACACGCUACUUGGUGGCCAUGGCAGCGGCGGAUCUAUUGGUCAUCAUCACCGAAGUAAUAUUAUUUCGCAUUAAUUAUCAUUACUUUCCGCGAAGUUUCCUCUCCAUCACAUAUGUGUGCAGAGUUAUGCUGGCGCUGGUGCCUUCAGCUACAAAUUGUUCUGUCUGGUUCACCGUCAAUUUCACCUUCGAUCGGUUUGUCGCUAUUUGCUGCCAGAGACUGAAAACAAAAUAUUGCAGCGGGAAAACUGCGGCUGUGGUUCUCUCAGUAACUGGCGUUUUGCUCUGUCUGAAAAACGUUCCCUUCUAUUUCGCGUACAAACCCGCCGUGAUAAUCAACAACGUACCUUGGUUUUGUAGGACAAUCGACAUUGUUUACACUGAUCCCAGGUGGGUGGGAUUUGACUGGUUCGAUACUAUUUUAACACCGCUUCUCCCUUUCGCUGUCAUCCUACUGCUCAACACUCUCACAGUCCGGCACAUUUUAGUGUCCAGUCGCGUCCGCAAGGAACUGAGGGGCCGGAGAAAUGGGGAGAAACACAGUGACCCCGAGUUGGAGAGUAGGAAGAGGUCUGUGGUUUUACUGUUCACCCUCUCCGGAAGCUUCAUCCUUCUGUGGCUGACGACUGUUGCAGAAUUCAUCUACUACCAAAUCACGGGAACUGCAGCAAACCGGAGUGAUUCUGAAAUGAUCUUUCACCGAGUCGGAUAUUUGCUAAGUAAUGCCAGCUGCUGCACGAACACGUUCAUUUACGCCGUGACCCAGUCCAAGUUCAGGGAAGAGGUAAAGAGAGCGGUGAAGUAUCCUGUCACUUCAGUGUUUCGGAUCAUUAAGAAAUACUGGCUCUGA